GAGGGAGCAGCAGGAGGACCUGGAGCUGCUGAUGAACACCAUCUUCAAGGGCAUCUUCGUGCAUCGAUACCGGGAUGUGGCGCCCGAGAUCCGCGGGAUCUGCAUGGAGGAGCUCGGGGUGUGGGUGAGGAAACUCCCCAGCUCCUUCCUCUCUGGCAGCCACCUAAAGUACCUGGGAUGGACCCUGCACGACGAGCAUGGGGAGGUUCAGCUGCGCUGCGUGAGGGCCCUGCAGGGAAUUUAUGGAAACCCCUGGGGCCCCCCCGCUCAAGAGAGCCCAGAGCCUCAGUGAGAGCCGGAUUUGGGGGAAAAUGCGGGAAUUUGGGAAAAUCCAGAAUUUACUGGGGGCAAAAAUGGGAAUUUGGGGGAGAAAUCCUGAA